UCGUAAAAUUUUUAUUGCAUUUCAAAAUAUUUUCAAUUUCUGGCUGAAACUUUUUCUCGUAUAAAAUUGGCUGCAUUUUGGAUGAAUCAAACAGAAAGCAACUGAGUCGCAAGCCAAACAAUAACUAAAUAACAAAAUGCGCACUUUUUUGGUUUUAUGCUCCGUCGUCUCGGUGGCUUACGCAGGCAGUCUCGGCUACAACUAUGAGAGCAAUGGUUUAAGCGGUGGCCAGGUUGGUGGUCCAAGUUAUGGUGGUCAGGGUCUCGCCGGUCCAAGCUAUGGUGGUCCAGCUGCUGCUGGUCCAAGCUACGGCGGUCAAGGACUCGCUGGUCCUAGUUAUGGUGGUCCCGCUGCCGGUGGUCCAAGCUACAGCGGCCCCUCUGCUGCCGGUCCAAGUUACAGUGGCCCCUCAGCUGCUGGCCCCAGCUACGGUGGUCCAGUUGCCGCUGGUCCAAGCUACAGCGCACCUGCUGGCCCUGAACUCAACAAGGAAUUCUUCACCUACACUGCACCCGAACAUGAAUUCAACGAUGCUGGUGAUGCAGGUCAGCUCGGCAACUCUUUGAAGAAGAACUUGCGUGUUGUCUUCAUUAAGGGACCUGAAAACUCUGGACUUGAGAACGCCGCCCUUCAAUUGGCCAAAUCUGCUGGUGAUGAACGUACUGCCAUUUAUGUGCUCAGCAAACAAGCUGACAUCGGUGAUUUGGCUAACAAAUUGCAAUCGCUCAACCACCACAAUGCCAACAAGCCCGAGGUGCACUUCGUCAAGUACCGCACUCCAGCUGAUGCUGAGAACGCCAAGCAGGCUAUCCAGUCGCAAUACGAUGGUUUGGGCGGUAACACUAGCAGCCACAAUGGCGGUGUUGCUCCUGUGUUGGACUUCGCUUCGAAACCAGUCGCACCCGCUGCACCAGCUGCCCCAACCGGUGGCGCCGACAACGCUUACCUACCACCCAACAAGCGUGUUUAAGUGACGACAUGUUUGUGUUUUGAGAUUUGUUAAUUAAUAGUUAAGUUUUAUUGUUCCUCAUUUGUUAUUUGUAUACAUUUCUACACAUAAAAAUUUUACCAAAAAGAAAAAAACACGAAAAUAAAAGUUCAG